UCCCAGACGCACGCACCACCCAAGACUCUCAGUCCUUGUACAGGAUGGCAGAAUCAGCCCUUUUUCUUUCAGCAAAGAGGGUUGCAGUUGUUACAGGAGCGAACAAGGGGAUAGGAUUAGAGAUAUGUAGGCAAUUAGCUUCCAAAGGGGUGAUGGUGGUUUUAACCGCUAGAGACCCGAAAAAGGGUAUUGAAGCUGUUCAAAGUCUCCAGGCCACGGCAUCUUGUGAUAAUGUCAUUUUUCAUCAGCUUGAUGUGGCGGACCCUUCAAGUAUAGCUUCCCUGGCAGACUUUAUCAAGACCCGAUUUGGGAAACUUGACAUAUUGGUAAACAAUGCAGCUGUUCUUGGUGUUAAAGUGGAUAGCAAUGCUCUUGAUUCUUUGGCUGAUCACGUGCCAGGAGGAUACAUUAAUUGGAAUGAGGUUUCGACUCAAGCUCAUGAUUUGGCGGAAGAAUGCUUAAAAACAAACUACUACGGACCAAAAAGCACAACUGAAGCAUUUGCCCCCCUUCUCAAAUUGUCUGAUUCAGGAAGAGUUGUUAACGUUUCCUCCUCAUCUGGGAAGCUAAAGUUCGUAGCGAAUAAUUGGGCACAAACAAUACUAAGCGAUGCAGAUUGCCUUACUGAAGACAGGAUUGAUGAAGUACUGAAUGAGUUUCUGAAAGAUUUCAAAGAGGGUUUUCUGAAUGCCAAAGGCUGGCCUUCUUUUCUGUCUGCUUAUACAUUAUCAAAAGCUGCCUUAAAUGCCUACACGAGGAUUGUGGCUAAGAAGUAUCCUGAGUGGAUGAUCAACUGUGUCUGCCCAGGCUAUGUUAAAACUGAUAUGAAUUACCAUAGAGGCGUCUUAUCCUCAGAAGAAGGUGCAGAAAGUCCCGUAUGGCUGGCCCUGUUGCCCCCCGGGGAAAAGCCAUCGGGAUUGUUCUUCUCCCAGAAAAUUGUCUCACCUUUCUAUUUGCAUUAUUGGCUGGAGUUUUGGGAGCUUCUGGACCAAACAAAGUGUCCAGUGUACAGAUCAAAACUUUGUGGAAUGACCAUCACGGAUCAAGAUAUGUGUCGAGAGGCAAAUUAUGAAAAUAUGAAGCCAAAAAAAAAAAAAAAAAAAAAGGAAAAAAAAAAAUCUAGAUUCCUCGUACCAGCCAUGGCAGAAGCAAAGAGGUAUGCAAUUGUGACCGGGGCAAACAAAGGGAUAGGAUUUGAGGUAUGCAGGCACUUAGCUUCUAAAGGAAUCACCGUGGUUCUGACUGCCAGGGAUGAGAAGAGGGGACUCGAUGCUCUUCACAAGCUCAAAUUCUCUGAUGGUCUUUCUGCUGAUCAUUUGCUAUUUCAUCAGCUUGAUGUGGCAGAUUCGUCUAGCGUUGCUUCCCUUGCUCAAUUCAUCAAGACUCAGUUUGGAAGGCUUGAUAUCUUGGUGAAUAAUGCAGGAAUUAUUGGAGCUGAUAUAGACUCUGAUGCUUUUAAAGCUGCGAUUGCAGCUGGUGCUGUUGAAGAGGAACGAGCUAAUAAAGCUGACUGGAGCAGUUCGAUCAAAGAGACUCAUGAAUUGGCAGUACAAUGCUUCCAAACAAACUAUUAUGGUGCCAAAAGAAUGAUUGAAGCCUUUGUUCCUCUUCUCCAAUUAUCUCAAUCACCAAGAGUUGUCAACGUUUCCUCAGGCGCGGGAAAGCUAAAGAAUAUACCCAGUGAAUGGGCCAGAGGGAUAUUCACUGAUGUCGACAACCUUACAGAAGAGAGAGUGGAUGAGGUGCUCAAUCAGUACCUGAAAGACUUAAAAGAAGGUUCCAGAGAAGCCAAAGGCUGGCCUUCAUUCCUGUCUUCUUAUACAGUCUCGAAAGCAGCCAUGAAUGCAUACACAAUUGUUGUCGCAAAGAAGCAUCCCCACAUCAAGAUCAAUACUGUCUGUCCUGGUUUUGUCAAAACGGAUAUAAACUUCGAAUCCGGCACAUUGACUGCAGAAGAAGGUGCUGACAGUAUUGUGAGGCUGGCUCUGCUGCCUGAUGAUGGUCCUUCUGGCUUGUUCUUCAUUCGCAGUGAAAUAUCACCUCUUGGAUAGAGAUAAUCCUUCUCAUCUCUUUGCAUUCAUGUGAGAUCAUCCCUACCGGGCCAUAAAUCUAUGCAACACUGUGAUAUUUUUCAUGCAACUUAGACUACAAAAUCACCAAAGAAUGAUGUUUUGAAUCCUUUGUUUUGAUGAAUAAAUCAUAUAUGAGCUUCAUUGUUCGUCAUGCAACAAUUAAUCUUGUCAAGAUCUUCUCUUCUCAACUAAUUUAGUCAUACCUGUGCUAAA